GCGGUAGCGACAGUCGGGGAGAUUUGCACACAUUGCUGUGUAGCAAAGCCUGCAUGUUUGCUUGAAGGGAGCUUCUCUCAGCCAACGCUACUGCAGUUAGCAUGCCCUCUUGAAUACGAACAUGUAUCGCCGAGAUGAGCCCGUCCGCCACCCGCCGCCGCCCUUCGGACCUCCACCGCCUCAUGGCCCUCCGUUUAGACUCUCAGGGCCCUGCUCCGUUCCUCCUCCGGGACACUUACCUCCCAGACCUUGUGGACCAUAUCCGGCAUCCGCACUGAAUUAUCGCCACAGCAGGCCUCCGAGCGGGCAUUUCGUCAGUCCCCACUGUAGCCGCUUCUCCAUAGACCGUAGUACAGCAAUUGCUUCAGGAGGAAGCCAGCAGAUCAUUGCUCCUGCUCAACCACCACAACAUCCGGUACCACAGUGGAAUCCCCCUUCUGUGGAACAUCAUCCUCAAGAUAACAGUGACCUCGCUGGUGAGGAAUUCCUAAGAUGCAUUGCAGCCAAUAAACCUCUGCCAGACUAUCUCAAAGGCAAUAUGGCAUAUAACCUGGCUGAGGCAUUAAAGUCAGCUAGUAUUCUGAAAGAAGCCGUCAAAUCAGAUCAUGAAUUCCAGAAGCAUGUGGCUAGGAGCAAGAGCCGAAGCCGUAGUCGAAGCCGUGGAAGAUCUCGAGCCAAGAGUUGUGCUCGAAGCAAAAGUAGAGUGCGCAGCCGAAGCAGGGGAAGAAGCAAAAGCCAUGCCUGUGGGAAAAGUCGAGCUAGAAGCAAAAGCAGGCCUCGCAGUAGAAGUCGGAGCGAGAGUCGAAGUGAGAAAAAGAGUCAUAUACGGAGCAAGAGCCGAGCCAGGCGGUCCAAAUCGCGAAGUAACAGUAGUGAAAAGAGCCGAGGUAAAGACAAAAAGAGAAACAGGAGCCCUGGACUCAGCAAUGUUGAGAGCUGUAAUCGUCUGCCAGGGAAUAGCCUGUUAGAAGGGUUGAAGCUGGUCAUGAGCAGCCAAGAUUUGGAAGAUCGGUUGCCCUCUCUCAAAGAUGCCAUCCUCUCUAUUAAGGCCCAAGAGGAGAGCAAAAAAGUGGAGUGUUUAUCUGAUGAGCCUGCACACAUGGAACAUGAAGAUGGGGACAGUUUAUCAUUGCUGGAAAGGGAAAGCAUGCUGCUUCCACAUGAAAGAGUAGGUGGUGACUUUUCAUGGCUCCAAGGGAAGAGUGAAGAAAAGUCCUCAGACCAGAAAGCCAAUGAACUUGAAGAUGAAGAAUCUUUCUUGUAUGGGGAUGAAGCAUCGUCUCAGAUCAAAGAAAGUGCCAAACUAAAGGAAGUGAAUAGUUCCCUUUUCUCUAGAUUUGGACAUUUCCUUGAUCCAAAGCAGUCUCUGCAGUUGGCUUCUUCAACUUUAGUCCACUCCAAUCCGGACAACAUGGAAUAUGAGAAAAUGAAAGCCAUAUUAAAAAGUUUGGGCUCAUCAAAUGAGAUCAAGGUGAAGAUGCAGAGGCAGAAUGAGCAGAAGGAGCCAUCUCCCGCGCUUAUCAAUUUUGACAAAACAGCAGCAAGCUUAGCACUGCCAGCACUCAAUAACCCAAAUGUACGCCAGGCUCUGGAGUCUCUGCAGUCUCUGAUCAAAGCUACAAAGGAGAAACGAACAAAAAGUGAUGGCAUAUCUCAAGCAUCUGAUCAACAUAAGGCAGGUGACAGUGAGGAAAGGAAGAGAGAGAAACUUGACAAAAUCAGUAAAAUGGAGUCUUUGGCUAAAGAACUGGAUGAAUUGUUGAAAGAGGAAGGACUGAGUUUUUUGACUUCAGUGAUUGGCUUUUACUGCCACAAAUGUGAGGAGUUCAUUGGAGAUUUUAAUUCUGCUGAAAACCAUGCAGCUAUCCACCGCCGUAGUAAUUCUAUUAAAGAACAGAUGGGCAUGCACGCUAAAGACAGCAAAGGACACCCACAUCAUUACAGUCCCUCCAGUAAUCAACACUCUAACCCCCCAGACAGGAGCAAUCAAAGGGAUUGUGAUAACCAUAGAGAUUUGGGAAACCACCGGAACAGCAAAGACCACCAACAGAACUUAGAGAAGAUUACAGAAGAUUACAGGAGCAAAUACCAGGAGGGCGACCACAGAAGUCAAGUCAAGUCCAAGGAAGAAAACAUCUUUAUGAAAGAGGAGAUGAAGAAGGAGCGAAUGCUUAUAACAUUCUCCCGUGGACUGCCACCUCCACCUCCAAACAUCAGGGUCAAGGAGCAGGGCACUAGUAGCCACGGUAAGGAAUUUAUGAAGAAAUCAUCCAAGGAGAAAAAAGGUGGCAGUGAAAAAGAUAAGAACAGUGAUAGUAAUGAUGAUGAGGGAAAAUCACCUAAAACCAAAAGGUCCAAAAAGAAAAAGAAGAAGAAGGAGAAAAAGAAGAAGAAAGAGAAGGAUAAGUCUUAAGUGUUUUAUUAUAUUUGUCAUCUGUACUACACUAGGAUGAUGAUUGCAACUUGUUUCUGCCCAGGUUUUUUAAUGUAGUUUUCUCACUCUGCUCCUUUUCCUCCACCCAGUUUUUUUAUUGCUUUGAUUAGAGAGCCUCUGUGAUUCAUCAUUAUGUUUAAAGGAACAGACUAGGAAGCAUCCUUGUUUUUGGUCACCUAUAGCAGGUCUUUCUGUAAGAGAAGUUUAGUAUUACUUUGAUCUUUGUGCAUAGUGAUAAGUCUGCAUUAUCAGAGGUAGUUUUCCACUCCAGAAAGAGCUGCUUCCAGUGUUUGUGCCAAGGCUAGCUUAAAUCCAAUCUGGACAGAAAUUUUCUUAUGUAGCCUUGAGUAAAUCGGCAAGCAGAAACCUCUUCCAAAAUGUCACCAUGUUCCUUUUACGUGUCCUACAGUUUUACACAGCACUGUAGUAAUGUCUACCAUGUUUCGGGUAUGGCUUCACAUGCCAGUUUUUUUUAAUUAAGUUUAAUAAAAUAAGCAGUGAGUAAUUUUUUUUGUCCACAUUUUCUUCUUCUUUGGUAACAUGGACCAACAGCAUUGUAGUUUUAGGAGCACGAUACAUGUAUCUGAAUUCUUGUCUACAUUUUGAUCUCA